GUAUUUUUUUUUUCAGUGAGAUUUUUUAAAAGUAUUAUCAUUUAAACAAAGAAAAUAAAUAGUUUUCGAUAGAAAAAUCUUUAACGUUGAACAACGUUGAGCUCCAUUUGAAAACUGUAUAAAUCUAUUAAAAUGCAUGCAGAUCUUUAUUUCUAAUAUAAUGUAAUCACGUUGGGUGCCACUUUCAAGGAAUUAUUUAAUAUCUGGUGCUAAGGGCUUAGCUGUGAAACCUAUUUGCAAAAAAAAACUUGAAAAUAAUUCCAAGGAAAAAAAAAAGAGGAAGAGGCAAGGAAAACUUUAUUCUUAUAAAAACCCUUUCUGACACGAGAAAGUUCUAAAAACUCCUUAAGAAGGUUGUCUUAAAUCGAUUGCUUUGUUUUUCUCUAAAAAUACCUUUCAAAAGUCUUCAUAAAUGAUAUGUAUAAAAGCCUUUUUCAGAUAUUAUAGAUCCCACGUUGGGCGCCAUUUAAGUUAUUUUCGUACAAUAAUCCUUCUACCUUCAUCAUCGUCAGCUCACAUCAAGUGCAGAUGUUAAGUGAGAAUUAUAACUGCCUUAACUUUGAAAAGCCAUUACUAUUUAUUGUGUUUUUUUUGUUGUUUAUCAGAAUGAAAGUGGGUUUUCUACAUUUUCUAGUUGAUUCAAUUUAUUGAAUGCAAACACACAUUAAUCAUUUUGACAAACACUUACGCACACACACAAACUUGGUCAACCACAAAUCUGUCAACAAAUAAACACCACGAGCUGAAUAAAGAUGAUCUCUGACUCGAAGGGCGGUAUCUUAUUUAUUAAAUAAAUAAAGAAAGAGGAGGUGAGCAGGUUAAAUCAAGAAGAGAGUGAAUGAGUUGUGGCAUAUGAUAAGGAAGCUGAUGGGUUGCCUCAAACAUACACACACCUCAACAUAACCUAUGUAUAUUUAUUUGACAAGUAACUGUUUUUGGUAGAUUUACAAUUACAGUUUUGUGAAGUGUAUCAAAUAAUGCACAUGAACGCACACAUUGUGAUGUGGUGAUGAUAAUGUAAAUGAUUGUGACGACGACCCGGAAUAUUAUUAUUUCGUGUGCUGUAUUAUAAGAUUGUGUGUGCGUAUCCAUCAGGGUAAAUUUUGUGCUAUGGAAUUUGAUGAGCAAGCAGUUUGCUGAAGCUAAAAGCUGUGAGUUGUUGGGUAACAACUGAUAUGCGGACAUCAUCAACAUGGAUGGCGAGAAUCGGAUUAUCCUUAAUGUUGGUGGAAUAAGAUAUGAAACGUACAAAGCAACUCUCAAGAAAAUUCCUGCCACCCGACUCUCCAGACUAACAGAGGCCUUGGCCAAUUACGAUCCGGUGCUAAAUGAGUACUUUUUUGACAGACAUCCGGGUGUAUUUACGCAAAUCCUCAACUACUACAGAACAGGCAAACUACACUAUCCGACAGAUGUCUGUGGACCAUUAUUCGAGGAGGAGUUGGAAUUCUGGGGACUGGAUUCAAAUCAGGUAGAACCAUGCUGUUGGUCAACAUAUAGUAUACAUCGAGAUACACAAAAUACUUUAGCAAUUUUAGAUAAAUUAGAUAUUGAAAAUGAAAAACCAUCAGAGGAACAAAUUGCACGAUUAUUUGGUUUCGAAGAAGCCCUCAGUAAUGGUGAAUUAAAUUGUUGGCAACGAAUUAAGCCGAAAGUGUGGGCUCUGUUCGAUGAGCCAUCAAGUUCAACAGCAGCAAAAAUUGUAGCUAGCAUGUCGGUGUUCUUCAUAUUCGUUUCUGUGAUAUCAUUCUGCUUGAAAACACAUCCGGGGUUUCGGGUCGAUUUCCCCCCCGAUGGGUCACCUCUAUCAUCGUCGACCUCAUCAAUACCUCUUACGACCACAUCUAAUAACAAUAAUUCACCAUCAUCAGUAUUCAAUAUGACAUUUGUUAAUCUAUCAAAUGUCAUCAACAACCAACUUAACAACAACAACACAACAACUAGAAAAGCAGACUUUACUGCCACCAGCAAUUUAAGCAGCAUAUUUGUCGAUUCGUCCAAUCUCACGUAUAAAAGUUCCAAUCGAAAACGUUUAAAACGUUCCAUCUUCAAUGGCAGCGAUUUAAAUCAGUUUUUCGAACAAAAAAUUCUCGGCGGUACACCACAUCAUCAUGGAUGGCAUGAAUCUUAUGGUCAUCCGCAUGGAGCAUUUUUUUACGUGGAAUUGGUGUGUAACGUUUGGUUUUUCAUUGAAGUUAUUAUAAGGCUAAUUGUUUCACCAAAUAUUUGGCAAUUUAUCAAAUCGCCAGUAAAUAUUAUCGACUUUACAGCCACUUUAAGUUUCUAUACAGACGUUAUGCAAAGAAUGGGUGAACACACAGGACUGCUGGAAGCAUUUUCAAUAGUUCGUAUUAUGAGACUUUUCAAGCUAACCAGACACUCGCCGGGAUUGAGAAUAUUGAUACAUACAUUUAAGGCGUCGGCAAAAGAACUAACGCUGUUGGUGUUCUUUUUGGUGCUUGGUAUUGUCUUCUUCGCUAGCUUAGCUUACUAUGCGGAGAAGUUGCAGGACAACCCAGAAAAUCAGUUUAAAAGCAUUCCAUUAGGUCUCUGGUGGGCCAUCGUCACGAUGACAACCGUUGGCUACGGAGAUGUGGCGCCUAAAACCUAUCCGGGAAUGUUUGUAGGCGCUCUAUGCGCCUUAGCCGGUGUAUUGACGAUAGCACUACCAGUACCUGUUAUUGUUAGCAACUUCUCCAUGUUUUAUUCUCAUACUCAGGCUCGUUCAAAACUCCCCAAAAAACGUCGGCGUGUUUUGCCCGUCGAACAGCCGCGUCGCAAACGCGAACAAGGACCACCGGCACGUCGCACCAAUGCCAUCAAACAACAACAACAUCAUCCUCAUCCGCCUGCAACAUUAGUUGCAUCCUCACAUCCGCCACCCAUAUUCAAGGAUCCAUUUGGCAGUGCAAAAAUAGGCAAUGUGAAUGGAAUUAAUGUUAUAGGAUUAAGUAUUCAAGGGCCGUCAGUGCCUCUAGCCGCUGUUCUUAAAUCACCACCAACAGGAAUACCGCCGCACUCUGACUACUUGAGUGUGCCACCAGUACAAAGUCUUCAACCGAGGGCGGCAACAACCGGACAUGACUUUAUGCUGCCACUGCAACCAAAGCUGCUAGCACCCUUGGAGCGAAAGGAGCAUCCUUUGCAGUUGUCACCACAGCAAAUGGCAGCUGACAGCCAAGCAGCCGAUUGCAUGCAACAACUUCACAGCAACAUUUUCACAAGCACCGGCAGCAACAACAACAACAGCAGUCGAGUUCAUUUGAAUACUACAGCGCCACCGUGUUCCCUGGAACGACUACCCCCACCACCGCCAUUCUUUAAUGGCACUUUAACAACUGUGGGUGGUGGUGUUGGUGGUGGUGGCAAUAUCAACAAUGGCAGUGUAAGUGUUGUCAAUAUUGCUGGUGGUGGUGGCACUGUUGGUGGUGGUGGUGUUGGUGGUCCUUCAGCUAUUAGCUACUCCUCAAUGUUGACACGAACUCCGAACCUUAGUAUUCGACCGACAAGUGCCGGUUGCAAUAUCACCAUCGCUGUCAACUCGGCCACACCAGAAAAAAUCAAUCCUAUAGACCAGCAGCCUAAAGUAACUCUGCGAAAGGACAGCGGCGACGGUGACUUACAAGAAGAAUCUGACAGCUCACCGAAUGAUUGAUUGUGGGAAAUUGUUAUUUAGAGACAUUUAAAAAUCUCUUUUUAACAACAAAACUUACAAACUCUGACAUUUUUAUUGACCUUUUUCCGUAUCACGUAUUGUAAUUUAAGUGAAUAUUAAAACAAAAAAAAAAAAGAAAUACAAUUUUUCACCAAAAAAAAAGUUGUAUUUUAGAAGAAACAAACAAAAAAGAUAAACAGAAAAAGAAAAAUCACAAUUUGUAUACAACUUAAAAAGAAAACCAAACAAAAAAAUCACUUAAAAUAAAAAUUUAAUAUUUAAAUUUUUUUUG